AAAGAAUGAAGUUCAAUGGAAGAUUGUUAUUUCCUUAUAAUGAAUUUAUGUGUUUCAAUAUAUUCACCUCAUGAAAGAAAUAUUUUUUUUUAAAUUAGUAAAUGAACUUGUGUGCAAUUCUAUCAUAACAUGGAAGAGAAAGGAAAUAACUCACAAAUCUCGACCGAGGUAUGACACAAAACUCCACUUUCAGUGUGGUAACAUCCACAUGUUGCUUUUAUUUACAGGAUACACACCAGAUUCUAACAGUUACUCAUCACCCCGCAUCAACACCCCGUCACGUUUGAGUGGCUUCGGACCUCUCGGCAGUCACACACCAUCGCCCCUCCAUCUCAACACACAAUCAUCGCCAUAUACCCAGCCCUAUCUGUCUUCCAGUGUCAGCCAAAGAGGCAUCAUUAAUGGAGCUACUCCUAAUCACCCACUAGGGGGCACUUCAAGUGGUUACCAUGUCAAUGGGAGUGGGAUAACCAAUGGAAUUUCACUCUAUCAGUCAUUGGGUGGGGUUUCUGAGAGUUACUAUGCCAAUGGAAACUUCUCAGUUCAUACCACUCCUCCCACUAGAGAUUAAAGCAGCAAACCACAACCCUCAGGGGAACAUUC